CCCGCUCAAUGUCUGGACGAUGCCGUGAUACCUACAUAACAACCUUGGGGUCAAGAUGGAAGAUCAAUGAUUUCCCAGGGGUUGUGGGCAACUUAGCACGGCUUGGUAUAUAGUACUAGUAAGCCCAAGGUACUCCAUAAGGUUGCUUGCUAUGCUUUACCAGGAGCGACUUCCAUGGUACCCUAACGAGCACGCUGAUUGUCCUAGCCAAUCACACUCCAAAUCAAACCAUCAACUGAUCCAGGAAUUUACCACACUCAGGUGACUCAGGAAGUCUCUACUCUUUAAAGGCUAUAGCCGAACCGUGGGAAGUAAUGAGUUAAUUAUCCUCCACUUAGGUAAGACUGAUUGAAUCAUAACUUAGCGGUUCCACUAACUCGCUGCCGAUCUUAUCAUUUUAGAUCGCUGGACAGUCCCCCAAUAUUUAUUCUCAACGGGUAAACAACAUCCUACGAUUCAUCUACGUAUCACUUGCCUCUGGACUUGCAAGUCAACAGAUAACCAGAAAAAAUGACGGACAAAGAGCCUUAUUAUGUCUAUAAACUUGUACCGUCCACCGCGCCCGUCCGAGAACCGCUCCCGGAGCAACUCCCCGUCAGUGCGCUCGACCAACAGUCAGGUUUCAUUCACCUCUCCACCGCAUUUCAGGUGCCGAACACGCUGAAGUUAUUCUUUAAAGAUGAACCCCUUGUUUAUGUUCUCCGGAUUCCGUACGCGCGUGUAGCCGAGCAUCUCCGUUGGGAAAACCCCGAGGGCACCGUAUGCGGGCCGAGACCGAAAGAGGGCUUGUUCCCGCAUCUAUACAAUGAUCUCAAGUUGGGGAAGGAUGAGGUGGAGAGCAUCGCCAUUUGGUUCAAUGAUAAUGGAUGGGACAAUGCUCUUUCACAAGCGACACCAUGGCUUGUGUUUUAAAGGGGUAAUUCAAGCUACUGGAGCUUGCUACAUUGCAGAAACAAAUCCAACUUCUCCUUGUUUCAUCAGCUUCCUAUGGCAAUGAGGAUGCAAUGGGUAGCAUACAUUAUACAUACUGGAAGCGUACCUUAACGAUCAGAAAUUGAGACCUAAAGCACACUUUUAUCUAGCUGAGCCCUGGGUGACGAAACUAGUUAGAUUUCCCAAAUGAAGAAUUGGAGUUCUAGCCAAUCUCAGGGCAAAUUGAGACAUCUUGAACCUAGCAAAUUUAAUAUGCGUCUUCCCGGUGGAACAAUGAGAUUUUCUUUGAUAGCUUAUUUGCAUUUGGGUCCGUUUACCAGUGUUUCACUAACAUAGCAUUCUAGUAGUGAUAUCCAUACAGCGUGGUUAUUGCAACAUCAUGACGCCAUUAUGACCGCAAUCAAAAGCACUGCUAUAUAUAUUUGUGUGUAA